CUCACCUGCGCGCGGCGGAAGCGGCCGGCGGUCGGAGUGUCCGGGGCCGCCAUGACCUGGAGCGCAGCGGCGCGGCGCGCGCAACAGCCCGACAACACCGCGUUCACGCAGCAGCGCCUCCCCGCCUGGCAUCCGCUGCUGUCGGCCGGCAUCGCGCUGCCGCUCUUCUUCUGCGCGGGCCUGGCCUUCCUGGGGCUGGGCCUGGGACUGUACUACUCGUCCAACGCCAUCCGGGAGCUGGAGCACGACUACACUGGCGACGCGGCGGGCAGCUGCACCGUGUGCGCCGCCGAGGGCCAGGGCCGCGCGCCGCCGCCCCGCUGCUUGUGCGCUUGGCACUUCACGCUGGCCGAGCGCUUCCCGGGGCCCGUGUACCUCUACUACGAGCUGACGGACUUCUACCAGAACAACCGGCGCUACAGCGUGUCCCGCGACAACGCGCAGCUCAGCGGGCUCCCGGACUCGCUGCGCCACCCGACCAACGAGUGCGCCCCCUACCAGUUCGCCCGCGGCCUGCCCGUGGCGCCCUGCGGCGCCAUCGCCAACAGCCUCUUCAACGACACCUUCACGCUGUGGCACCAGCGCCAGCCCGGCGCGCCCUACGUGGAGGUGCCGCUGGACCGCGCCGCCAUCGCCUGGUGGACCGACUACCACGUCAAGUUCCGCAACCCGCCGCUUGUCAACGGCAGCCUGGCGCUCGCCUUCCAGGGCACCGCGCCGCCCCCCAACUGGCCCCGGCCGGUCUACGAGCUGAGCCCCGACCCCAAUAACACUGGCUUCGUCAACCAGGACUUCGUGGUGUGGAUGCGCACGGCGGCGCUGCCCACCUUCCGAAAGCUGUACGCGCGCAUCCGCCAGGGCAACUACUCGGCCGGGCUGCCCAGCGGCGCCUACCGCGUGGACAUCGCCUACAACUACCCGGUGCGCACCUUCGGCGGCCACAAGCUGCUCGUGUUCAGCAACGUCUCGUGGAUGGGCGGCAAGAAUCCUUUCCUGGGCAUCGCCUACCUGGUCGUGGGCUCCCUCUGCAUCGUCGUGGGCUUCGUCAUGCUGGCCGUCUACAUUCGCUACCAGGACCAGGACGACGACAACGACAACGACGAGGAGUGAGGCCAGCUCCCCCGGACCCUUCCGGCUUCCUGCCGGGGUCUUGAGAGCUCCUAGGGCGUCCCGCAUCGCCCCUCACCCAGUGUCGAGCUCGCCUCACUUUGCCUACUGUUGUGGAUGAGGGGCCCAGAGAAAGGAGUUCUCUUCCUCGCCGGGCUGCCAGACUCUCCGGCUGGGCCGGGCCUUUUGGAGCAGAGGGAGACCUCGCAAAUUCUCCAUCUGCUUCAUGACUUAGCACUUGACAUGUCAGGUUCUUAAAGAAUGUAGAAUUCCAGGGUUCGAGGGACCCUGGAGACUCCUAUUCGACCCUAAUGGGACAAGUGAUUGAGAGACCUGGUGAUGCUCUUAUUUAAUGUCAGGCAGCAGCGCUGGUCUUGGGGGGGUGGGUGUAGGGUCCAGUGGGUGGUUGAGACAGAGAAUGCAGCCCACAGUUGCGCUGCAGAAACAGGUGGGGAGAACAUGCACGUUACCAGUAGAUUAGGAGGCACCAACCCCCAGGUUUCUGACAUACCAAGGCUUGCAUGAAUCACUCCAGAUCGUGUUUAACAAGAUCCUCUGGAGUUUCCUGUAUUCCCUCAAAUUUGGGGGUUGCACUCUUGGCCCGAAGAAGCAGUAAUCUGAGUUCAACCCGAGGGCGCUUUGUCAGCUAGUCGUUUGUUCCUAUGGGCGGUGCGAGCGUACCGCGUCGGACUUGGUUGGUCUGGCUCUGCCCUAAACAGAGGAAGCUCUGUCUGUGGAGUGCGUGGGGAAAGGUGCUAUCCUAGAAGACUUGUUGGCAAACGGAUUUGCCCCAGGGUUUGUGUCAGCUCAUGCAAUGUUUGGGUGUAAAACAGACUGCCAGAUGCUGUGUAGAAACUCGAAAAGGCCAGUUUGCUUGGCUCAGGGGGGAUGUUUUAACUUUUUUUUUUUGGUACCGGGGAUCAAACUCAGGUCCUUGCACAGCAGGCGGUGAAACCACUGAGCUAAAUCCCCGGCCCAUGGGAUGUUUUAACUUUAAAGCCAGAGUUAGGAGGAAUCUUAGAGGGGACGGCAUCCCCUGAGGUCAUACCUCUGUCUCCUGACAAUCCUCUGUCCUCUUUUGUCGUCUGGUUUCUUUUUUCUUUUUUUUUUUUUAAUGUUCAAGAGGAAGGGCUUCAUUCAUGCCUUAUCUCUUAGACCUGAAAUAAAAGGUCUUUAUAUUUAUGGUCUCAAAUGAAACAUGUUUGUUUCUAGUAAUCAUGUUUAUUACAUGAUUCCUCUAGUAAUCACGAGGAAUAUAAUCUUAUGUGUAAACUAGAAUUUUAGGGUUAUUUGAACCUUUGAGGUAACGUUAAAACCAAUCAAUUGAUUUUAUUGAUUGACUAAAAUCAAUCAGUAUGUAUAAAGUAGAGUAAUAGAAUAUUUUUAUACAAAAACCCUUUUAAGGCCAGAGAACUUAAAAGUAAAACCCUUAGUUGUUACCAUUUUACCAGUUUACUUGCUAAAAACGAAGAGUUGUUCAUUAAUUCAUCAAAAUUCUCUAAUGCCUCCUAUCUAUUACAGCUUUUUGUAUUGACUACUGUUUAUUCUCCAUGGCACUGCAAGGUUUUGAAGAAUGUUUUUUUUUUUUACUGGUCUAGUCUUAAAUUGUAUUGAUUAGUUUGCAUUGAUUUUAUUAGACUCAUUUGUAAUUCUUUGAAAUUUAUUGGUGGAUGGACAACAUGCAUGUCAUUUAGGUCUGUCUCAUUGGGAUCUUCUAGGAGUGAUUUAAGUUGAAUAAGAGUACUUACUAUAUUUUCUAUCAUGUAAUUUGAGAGCAGCAUAUAGUUUGCUAAUAUUUUUAAAAAUUGUCGCUAUAAAAUUUCAAAUAAGACCCUAAGUCCUAAGGUAUUCUGAUUAAAUUAUUGAAUACUGCUCCAAACCUUAUUUUCUGCAGUUCUAAAAGAGAAUAAAGGUUAUGUUUGUCUCUGGUUUAUUACCAUGUUUGCUUAGUUCUUUUGAACUGCGAUCUUAAAGGUACAAACACUACUAGCUGUUUUCCGCAUUUGUUAAUUGCAGAUUUAUAAUGCAAUAAGAAAAUAUUUCAGAAUAAGGCUCAAAGUGAACUCAGUCUUUCAUCAUUAACUUCCUACAACAGAAUUUGAACUUGUAGCAGCAUCGACAUGCAGACAAAUUAGAUGACCCUCACUAAUAUUUGAAUUUGAUAAAUGUGGUUGAUAUUUAAAAAUUUUUGGUAUUGAUAGGUAUCGAAGAAUAUGAUCGUAAUAUUGCUUCUCUGUGUGUUUUACUCAAAUUGUAAACUUCAGUUAAUUGUUGGGUAUUUGGGACAACAAAGCAGCAGAAACAUUAAAAAUGAAAAUGUGAACUA